GGAGUAGUAGGGCUGGCACCAUGGAAGACCCACUGAUUGCGACCAUCACCGUACAGAACUCAAAGAGCGUCUUCCGCAUGCAGUUCAACUUUGAGGAGUGCACGGUCCAAACGAACAUGAUGGACCAGUUCUGCUCUCUGCUUCAGACUUUUUCAGAGAUUUUGAAGGCCUGCAACAAAGAGGCUGAAGCUUCCUACGCUGCGGCGGGGUUUCAGGAGAUGCAGAAGUUCAAGGAGGAGGUCAUUCAGAGCUAUUUGGGCCGACCCUCCUCGUUGUUCGGCCACUCCCCGCGAGAAUCCAAAGAAUUUGCUGAUCCAGAACCAGCAGACCCUGCAUUGAGCUCUCUGAAGCCCAUCCCCAGCCCGCGAGUCAGCAUGGGGUCCCAAAGCUGUGGCGUGGUUGGCGGAACACCAGGCCCCAGUGGCAGCACCGUCAGCGCAAGAACCAAUUCGACUCCAGAGGAAUUGAUGGGCUCCAAGAGCAGCCCGAGCAGUUCCGUUUCUGCCGAGACCCCGCGGCGUGGCUUGCAACGCUUCUGGAACUAUUUCGGUGGGUCGACCAAGGUUCAGCCGAUGGGCGCUGAGAGCGUGACCAUCGAACCUGGGAACCAAUCCAGAGAGCGCAAAGGAAAAAGAUCACCGCCAUCCUCCAAGGAUCGGUUGGGAGAUUGCAGUGACAGCUUCUCCUCCUUGUCAAUUCCGCAACCUUGAGCAGAGUUUUCGCCGGCUGAGGGGGGCUAAGUUGAAGGCAGAGGAAAAAUCAUGCCCGGAAACAUUCCGUUUCGAAGACGGUGGCUGUAUGCAAAGCUGGAGUGUCAUGGUGAACAUAAUAUUUCUUUCAGGAGUGUCAUAUGAAUUGCUUCCACCACUGGGAUCCAC